GUGGCGGUGUUGGUGGCGGCCCUAGGCCCCCUGGGGGCGGCGGUGGAGGCGGCGGUGGUGCUGUACCUGGCGGCCGCCGCCCUGGUGGGGUGCUACUCCCUGCCCCCCAUGGCAGGGGUGACACCCGUCAGGGGUGACACUCCCACCACCCACCUCAUCAUCAACUGUGUCCUCCUGCUGGUCAUGGCCACCGCCCUGCCGCUGCUGGCCGCCACGCUGGGUCUGACGAGCCACGCGCUGGUGGGGCUGUGGGGAUGCGUGGGGUGGCUGGGGAACAUGUGGGUCGUCCUGACCUACAACGCCACCUUCGCCGCCGCCGCCGUCGCCUGCCUCCUGCAGCAGUUCUCCGCCGCCGUCAGGAGCGAGCUCAGGGCCAGGUGGGUGCCCGCUUAUGGUCAAGUGACCCACUUAUGGUCGAGUGACCCACUUAUGGUCAA